AUGGCCACAAUCAAGGCCAUAGAGGGCCGCUCCGUCCACCACAUCCAGUCGGGCCAGGUCAUUGUUGAUUUGCAGUCUGUCUGCAAAGAGCUCGUUGAAAACAGCAUCGAUGCGGGCGCCACCGCCGUUGAGGUGCGUUUCAAGAAUUAUGGCCUCGACUCCAUUGAAGUCCAGGACAAUGGUUCCGGCAUCUCGCCCGACGACUACCACACCAUUGCCCUCAAGCACUACACAUCCAAGCUUGCCACCUACGACGACCUCUCGUCGCUGCAGACAUUCGGCUUCCGUGGUGAGGCGCUGUCGUCGCUAUGUGCCCUCUCCAAAUUCCACAUUGUUACCAGCCGCGCCUCGGAUGGACCCAAGGGCACCAGGCUAGACUUUGAGCAGUCGGGAAAACUAAAGGGGGCUUCGGUCAUGGCCGCCAAGCAGGGCACAACUGUCGUGGUCGAGACACUGUUCUACAACCUGCCCGUUAGACGGAAGGAGCUUGAGAAGAACAUCAAGCGGGAAUACAACAAGGUCCUGCAGCUGCUCAAUGCAUAUGCAUGCAUCAGUGUCGGUGUCAAGUUUUCCGUGAGCAACCAGAUACCCAAAGGGAAAAAGACUGUUGCCUUUUCUACCAAUGCCAAUACAAACACGCGGGACAACAUCGCCAAUGUCUACGGUGCAAAGACGGUUGUCGCCCUGAUACCUCUCAGCCUCGAAUUCACAAUGGACCCUUCCAACCGCCCGGGUGCUACGCAGAGUGCAAAGAAUUGGUCCACACAGGAUGAGGCAGCAGAGCAUGCAGUCAAGAUCGUGGGCCACAUAUCCCGCCCCGUCGUAGGCGAAGGCCGUCAAACGCCCGAUAGACAGAUGUUUUUUGUAAACUCGCGGCCCUGCAAUUUGCCUCAGGUGGCCAAGGCGUUCAACGAGGUCUACAAGUCCUACAACAUCACACAGUCUCCGUUUAUCUUUGCCGACAUUAAGCUUGACACGAAUGCCUACGAUGUCAAUGUGAGUCCAGACAAGCGCACCAUCAUGCUUCAUGACCAGUCCAUGCUUUUGGAAAACCUCAAGGAGUCUCUGUUAGAGCUGUUUGAGGGCCAUGAUCAAAGCGUGCCUCAGGCCCAGCUGCUUGGGAAUAAGAAACCGACAUCUGCCUUCAAGCCUCCCCUCAUGCAGCCCCGUGGAAGCACUACCUCUGCACGGGAAGACGACCAGAGCGGUUCUGAAGAUUCGAAUGAAGAUCAACCCGUAACACCAAAGAUAUCUGAACAACUCUCGACACGAGAUACGCCCGACACGGCCGAACGACCUGGCUUCGUGAGGGCAAGCCUUCUUGAGCGAUUCGCUGGUCGUGAUUCGGAAGAUCGAGUGGCCCGUCCACUACCCAGAUCUGGAAAGGCUACCUCUCCUAAGCAUACUAAGGCUGAUGAGACGCACAUCAUUCCCCCAGACACACGUCGACGCAGCACGUUAUCUGAAGAGGGCGAUGUAGUCGACCCAAUCCGUCCACGUUCGCCAUCCCCGUUGUUUGAACCGGAACAAAACAAGGCCCAUGUUGCCAUCAGACACUCUCAACCUCCCAAGAUUGUUCAAGACUUCAACGCUCGCAUAGCUUCUCAGAGUCCCCGCUCUGCAAUACCACAUCAGUCAUUGCCUGCCGAGCCUGAUCAAGAAGGGGGGGAAGAAGAACAGACCAUUCCGGCCAUUGUACAGACGCCUCAAAAACCCUUGUCGCAGAGUACCAUUCAAAAUGCUUUUGACCGCAUGCGUCCCAUGCGGACUCCAGUUCAAAAGGCCACAAUAACCGUGGGUGACACCACGACUGUGUCUACAAUCGGCACGGGUGGCCAAUCGGUAGCCUCGAAGCGAUCGAGGAUACAUACGCCAAAAUUUUCUCUGUCUGGCAAGCCACUGAACCAAACGCCAAAGCAGAGUCUGUUCAAAAUGGGCUUGAGUGGUUUCACUGCACCAGGCACUCAAGAGGAGAGCAGUGACGAAGAUGGAGAUGACGAGGAAGACGAAGCCAUAGAGAACAGUAACAUGUCUGAUAUGCCCAUACGCUCCUCCUCUCCAGUCAAGCGUUUGCCGAACAGGUCGUUUGAGGAGCCAGAUGCUGAGGACCUGGUACACUCAUCAAGUGUUGUUCCGGCUCGCCUAGCAUCAGUCUCUGAUGGUUCUCCAGACAUGGAACCAGAACUAGAGGUAGACGUGGGAAGUACAGACGAAGAGUAUGAGGACGAGACCGAAAAGAAAGCAAAGGAAGAAGCUAAAAUCGCUCGGCUUAUUGAAGAAGCUGAAGAGAAUGCGGCUCGGCCCACAGAAAUGAACCUGAAACGCGCCAAUAAGCUUUUCAAGGUCACACAGAAGAAGUACUGGACAAUCAACCUUGAGCGUGUCAUUGAGACGACUGUAGAUUCAAUCGCUCGUAAUCUACAGGAAAUUCAAAUGGCUCUCGAUGCAUCACUGGCAAAAGCCGAGCAGAUGGCAACGUUGCCUACGAGCACCCAACUGAACGGGGAAGACCCAGAGGAGCGGCUUAGUCUCACGGUAACAAAAGCCGACUUCCACGAGAUGCGCAUCAUUGGGCAAUUCAAUCUAGGCUUCAUCAUUGCUGUGAGGCCGCCGACCUCGACUUCGCCCACUUCAGAUCUGUUUAUCAUCGACCAGCAUGCUAGCGACGAAAAGUACAACUUUGAGCGCUUAGCUGCGACGACAACACUAGUGUCACAACGUCUUGUUCAUCCGCACCCGCUCGAGUUGACUGCAGUUGAAGAGGAAAUCAUUCUAGCAAACGAGCAUGCACUUACCGCCAAUGGCUUCGUUGUUGAGAUGAACGCUUCCGAGGCUGAUGAAGCUGGCCAUCGUGCCAGACUAAUUUCCUUACCAAUGUCCAAGGAGGUAACAUUUACACCCACAGACCUUGAAGAGCUCCUGGCCCUCAUCUUGGACAAUCCGCCGUCAUCGUCAACCUCGACAUCACCGCAUAUACCGCGUCCCUCCAAGGUCAGAAAGCUACUCGCGAGUCGCGCUUGCAGAAGCUCAGUGAUGAUUGGUAAGACUCUUCAAACGCCACGUAUGAGGGAGAUUGUUCGCCAUAUGGGUAGUAUGGACAAGCCAUGGUCUUGUCCUCAUGGCCGACCUACGAUGCGCCAUCUGUUUGGUUUGGAAAAAUGGCAGGGCUGGAGUGAGGGAGACGGUGUCACCGGAGUUGACGUGCAGGGGGAGAAGACGGAUUGGGCAGCUUACAUGAAGAUGAAUAAGCGUUGAAGCAGCACGAGGUGUCAAAAUCAAGGGGAUUUGUUUUGCAGUCUGCGUUGGAUCGUUGGUGGCUGUUCAGUCUAUGUGGUUAUGACACUCGAAUAUUUCGGUAUUCUUAAUCACAGG